AUGAUUGAAAUUUCGGGCGAUGUAGUAUUGGGUAAUCGAGGGAGAAAGGAGGAAGCUAGUGCGAUCGAUGGAUCUACGACUGUUGCCAGUUUAGUCGUAAUGAGACAGUUGUUCUCGGCAUUGCAGAGUGUAAUCACUGAAUAUUACUGGAGGCCGCUGGCAUCGGCCUUCUCGAGCCGAUCCCCAAUAGUAGUUUUCGACCCAACACUCGAGAGCCACCAGAAAUACGCGAAACAUCUCUCCUCACCCGACCAACAUUCAUCAGAUUCUAAAAAUCUGCUAGUCUCCAACCCGCUGCAUCCACCACUGCAAAUCCAGAGAAAGAGCGAAGCCAUAAAACCAACCCCUCCCGACCGUUUGGAAGAGUACGAGCCCCUGAAAAUACCUGUUCUAGAGAAAGAGCAAGUUAACUUUCAGGAAGACAAGGGCCUCCCCAGGAAACUUGGCCCGGACAAGCUGCGUAAUCCCCCGCCGGCGAUGAACUCCAAUAACUUUGUGAGUAAAAGGCAUCUGAACAUUCCAGCACCCCCGAGAGAUCCUCAAAAUUACCGAGAACUAAAUUCCGACGUGAAUCCGGUUGUUUUAUCUCCCGAAAAACAUCAGUACUACACCAAUUAUCUGCGACUCAAUCCGUCGGGGAAUCGAGUUGAAAAAAAUCCUGAGAAUGCUCAGGUACAUGAGCAGAUUUACGAAAACGGAUAUGAGGAGAUAAGCCCAGUGGUUAAUCCAGAGGUGCAACGGGUGAAUUCAGUUAGAAGAAACCGUAUUAAUAUUGGUAACGCAAAUAUCCUCGACAGAAACUCCGGGGAGGAGGUGGGGGCCACUAAUUACGAAGUGAGGGGCAAGAAGAAGAAAUCGAAGAAGAGUCAUCGUGUCAACAAACCGGAAGUGAGACCGGAGUACGAAUAUGGGGAUCACAGAGAACAAAGAAAUCCAAAUGAGAGAGACCGGAGUCAAGACGUUGCUUUGGAAACGAUAAAAAAACAGGAGUUGAGUCCUGCGGUGUUCAGAGCGGAUGCUUACGAUAAAGUGAGACGCCAGGACGAAGGAGGGGGUGAGGAUCGACAGGUUGAGGUAGUAGCUGGAUCGCAGAAAGAGGAGAAGCGUCAGCCUAAGGUGCACAGUGAGAAACAUGAAGAGGGUGGGGGUGAAGAGGGCCAUGAGGAUCACCACGAAGCUGGGGGGGAGGAGGAGAAGAAGGGCUACGACAGCCAUCACGAGCAUGAAAAAGGUGAGAAGGGUCAUCACGAUAAAGAGGAUCACGAUAAACAUUACGACGAGGAGGAAGGAAAGGAGAAUAAACACUCGGAUGAUAGUUCCUAUUAUAAGCAUUAUGACAGUGGUGAGAAGAAGGAGAAGGAGUCAGCGUUUGAUGAAGAGGGAAAAUUCAAUAAGGGACACAGUACGAAGGGCAAUCAUGUGGUGCAUAAAAAGGACGAAUACGAGAAACUAGAAGAGUUCUACGACGAGUCCCACGACGAGGAUGAGCACGAGAAGGACGAAGGAUACCACCACAAAUACGAGAAGGAGCACGGCGGAAGUGAGAAGUCUGGACACUACGAUGCGGGUGAAGAGGUUGAGAAGCAUGGCAAGAAGAGUAAGCACGAGAAAGGCCACCACUACAAGGACAAGAAGGGCCACGACCAGCGUGCGGGGGAUGACAAGCAUCACGAGAAAGAGAGCAAAUACGGGAAGAAAGGAGGAUAUGAGGACGGGAAGAAGUGGGAGUACAAGAAGGGACACUAA